UCCUGGGGGUGGCAUGACGUCGACGUUGCGGCGCUCAUUCCGUCGUCGCGCGUUUUGAGCGUCAUUAAAGCUUUGCCGACACGCGAUUCGCUAUUUUGGCGGCAACUUGUACGCGAAAUCGCGUGUCACGCGAAAAUUUGCCCUGACGUUUUUUCAGAAUAGUGACGCGAAUAACUUUAGUACUGUAAUGAAAUCGAGGGACGAUUAAAGGAAUUCGAAAUGGGUUUGCGUGGAGUUAUGUUGUGCGUUUUAUUUUUGUCUGCGAAGGUUAAUUCAGUGUCGAGCGUCUACUUGACAAUGACUGAUAUAGAACUGAAGAUUCCAAAUGAAAUCACGACUUCUCAGAUGAAAACCUAUCCUUUAAUCGAAUUAGGAGCAAGAAAUAUUUAUGGCGAAUACGGAAUGCAAAUGAGAUACUCUCUUAAUAUAACUGGGGAAUACAUGCAAAUAAACACGUUAUCUGGAGAAGUUCUACUCACUUCGAAGUUUUUCCGCGAGAUCAAAGGGAUAGAAAAGAUAUCCAGUACGGCAUAUGUGGAUGACAUCAGCAACAGCGGUCGAGAUAAGACAUCCCUUCAAGUGAACGUAUUCCCUUUGGAUGAAUUGGACUGUGAUAAAUUCGUCGAGGAGAUAUGCUUUUGGACUAGGGCUACUUACAGGAUCGAAAGACGGUCGGGGGCGACUCUAAUGGGAUCGCUCUCCUCGCCCUUUUUCCUGGAGAUAUGUCCUUAUAAAAUAAAUUAUACUCUAGCGGCAGAUCCAAAUUUCAAUUUGAUACCUCCGAAUGAAAAACGUAACUUCUGGUCCAUUAGUACUGUUCGUUCUUUAAGUAAAAUUGAGAAGGAUAAUACUAGCCUACAGUUGACGUGCAUUCUCGAGAAUACUCAGGGAAAUGAAAAAGGCGACGUUCGGAAAAUAGAACGAAAUAUUCCAGUGAUUAUAAUGGAUAUUGAUGAGUUUCCUCCGAGGCCACAAUCUGCUGAAGUUGAUAUUACAAUGAAUAAAAAAACCUUUGGAAAU